AUGUCACAUCAUAUACCUGGCCUUGCGUCAGGGCGUCUUGUAGUGGUCAAGGCUUAUGAUCGCCUGAGCUGGCGAUUUAUUGACCACGUGAUGGAGUGCUGUGGGACCCCAGUGAGAUUCCGGAAUUGGAUCUCGCAAUGCAUCUCCACCACCACUUUAAAUAUCUGUCUGAAUGGGGGUCAGGUUGGAAAAAUUAUCCCCACUUGUGGUCUUCGGCAAGGGGACCCCUUAUCGCCCUAUCUGUUCAUUUGGGCUGCGGAAGUUCUUUCGAGACUACUACAAGACGCCCUGACGCAAGGAAGCAUUCAUGGCAUAAAGCUAUGUAGAGGUGGUCCAGUUCUAUCCCAUAUUUUUUUUGCGGAUGAUUUAAUUCUGAUGGGGAGAGCCAAUUUGAAUGAGGUUAAUGGUUUCUGGAACUGUCUGGAGAAAUUCUGUUUGUGGUCGGGGCAACAGGUUAAUAAGUUAAAAACUUCUAUAUUCUUUAGUAAGAACACCCCGUCGAGUAUGAGAAGAGAAAUCAAGGAAACUUUGGGGAUUGAUUCGCCUGAAGGGUGCAUCAAGUACUUAGGCCUGCCCCUGUUCCGUUCAAGACAAAAGGACGCUGACUUCAACUUUAUUCUGGAUAAUCUCACUUCAAAACUCCAGGGUUGGAAGGCUAAGUCUCUGUCAAAGGCAGGCCGUGCAACUCUGAUAAAAUCAGUGGGUCUUUCGUUGCCUAUGUAUGCUAUGCAGACCACCAACCUCUCUAAUCGUAUGGUCAACCGAAUUGAUGGUCUGGUUAGGGACUUCUGGUGGGGAUUUGAGAAAGGAAAUCAUGGGCUCCAUUUAAAAGCGUGGGACAAGUUGUGCCUACCUAAAUCUCUUGGUGGCCUGGGCUUCCGGAAAACAAGAGAAAUGAAUCUGGCGUUUCUGGCUAAGUGGGGGUGGAAUAUCCUUACUGGUAACCAAUCGUUGUGUUGCAGAGUUUUAACGACUAAAUAUUUAAGAGGGAAGGAUUUUCUCAAAUAUAAGUAUAAAAACUCUGACUCCUGGUUCUGGAAGAGUGUUGUGAAGGCCAACUCUAUUCUGAGGAGAGGUGCUUGUAAACUAGUGGCUAAUGGAGAGACUACUGCUAUUUGGGAGGAUCCAUGGAUUCCCCACUUUAAAGGUUUUUGUCCAAAACCAAGAAGGGGAGGUGCGAAUAACCUCAACCGUGUGUCUGAUCUGUUACUAUCCAAUGGUCACUGGAACGUGGAUAAGCUGAAUGAAAACUUUGAUCAUGAAACUGUUGCAGCUAUCUUAAAAGGGGGCCAACCCUCUGGCAAUGGCAUGGACAAAUGGAUAUGGACUCAAACCAGCAAUGGUAACUUCUCGUGCAAGUCUGCUUAUCUUGUUCAAGCUUUGGAUAGAGCCCCCCAGUGUGAGGUUGCCCCGAAGCUAUGGAACAAGCUCUGGAAUAGCAAAAUUCUGGAACGGCAUAAAAUCCUGUGGUGGUGUAUUCUGUCUAAUGCGCUUCCCACAAGAUCAGUGAUUAACAAAAGAUUCCUCAUUGAGGAUACUUGCUGCCCUCUUUGUGGAACCAAGGAAGAAACUAUGGAACACUUAUUCCUCUCUUGUGAUGUGGCCUUUCACCUCUGGCGUUCUUCUCCUUGGGGUUUUUAUCCCAUAUGUGAUACUGGGAUCCGAGUUUGGGAUUGGAUCAAGUUCAUCUGGGGUCUAAACCGUAGAGGAGUUCCAGUGGAGGAUGCUUUCUUGUAUGCCUCCAUAGUUGUGGAUACUAUUUGGAGGGUGCGGAAUGAUAAAGUCCACAAUAAUUAUCAUGUUGAUGUGAAAAAAUGUGUUGAUGAUAUAUAUUUUACUUAUACUGAUAUUCAUGCUUCUUUAUUACCCAGUCCCACCUCCCAUCCCAAGGAAGCUUGGUCCCCUCCCCCAAAGGAUUGGAUUAAGCUGAAUUGUGAUGUAAAGGUGGGUUUUGACAAUAUGUGUGUUGCAGUCGUCGCCAGGAACCAUCUUGGAGAUGUGGUUCGUGUUCAGACAGCAAUGGUGGAUUUUUCUGAUGUGAUUUGCGGAGAAGCUGAGGCGUGCUGCUUAGCGAUUUCGAUUGCCUUGGAGAUGGGACACAAGUUUAUUAUAGUUGAGAAUGAUUCGAGGGUGGUAAUCAACGCUAUCAACGGGACGGAGUCUCGUUGGGCGCUUGAGAACUACGUCUCAUUUUGUACCAAGUCUUCUCACUCGUUUAUUGGUUGUAAUUUUUCUUUCAUUAGUCGAACUUGUAAUUUUGCCGCUCACAAUGUGGCUAGAUGGGCCUUUGCUCAUCAUAUGUUUGGAUCUAUCCCGGUUUCAGUGUUACCGGCGAACCUUUUAUGUAAUGACCAUGAGGUCUAG